AUGGGCCCCUGUACCGCCUCCUCAUGCUGCUGCCAGGUCCAGUAGUGUGUCAUGGGCCCCUGUACCGCCUCCUCAUGCUGCUGCCAGGCCCGUAAUCUGCCAUGGGCCCCCGUACCGCCUCCUCAUGCUGCUGCCAGGUCCAGAGUGUGUCAUGGGGUCCCUGUACGGCCUCCCAUUGCUGCUGCCAGGCCCGUAAUCUGCCAUGGGCCCCCGUACCGCCUCCUCAUGCUGCUGCCAGGCCCGUAAUCUGUCAUGGGCCCCCUGUACCGCCUCCUCAUGCUGCUGCCAGGUCCAGAGUGUCUCAUGGGUCCCUGUACGGCCUCCCAUUGCUGCUGUCUCCAUCGCCACACUCUGCCAUGUGCCACUUUCAGGUCUCCUCACACUGCUGGUGGGUUCCAUUUUGUCAUAGGGUGCUGUAUGGCCUCCCAUUGCUGCUGCCUCCACCGCCACACUGUGGCUCCACACUCUGGUUUUGGCCCCGUGACUGCCCAAAUGAGUGAAGUGUGCGGUGAUUCUAAGAUCGACGGCACUCAUCUGCAUGUCAUACUGACUGACAGUAUUAUUUCUCUUCCCCAGCAGACUCCAAGGGCAUUUAAAUUAAAGGUACAGUGUUCUGCACUAAUAUAA